AUGGAUCAUGCGGAACUGAUCGCAGAGUUCCCCCGGAUGGAAGAAUUGACGCCACAGGAACGAAUCGCAUUAGCAAAGGACCGCCGUCGUACUCAACUCCGGAAGAACCAGGAGCAAGAGCUGAUUUUGGGGCCGCCGCGGCCACGGAAGCAGCGCUUGCGAUUCGCCUCUGAAUUCGCGUUGCUCGAUGCCACGGCGACCGGUGAUUUGCAAGAAGUUGAACGUCUGCUCAACGAAGGAGCCAACCCGAAUUCUCACAAUGAAGACGGCCUUACUCCGCUGCAUCAAUGCGCUAUCGACGACAACCAGCCGAUCAUGAAACUGCUGCUAUCCCGCGGGGCCGAUGUAAAUUCUCAGGAUACGGAACAGUGGACGCCCCUGCACGCGGCGGCCUGUUGUGCCCAUAUUAGUGUCGUGAGGAUACUCAUUGACAAGGGCGCAAACCUGCUGGCCGUCAACGCCGACGGGAAUAUGCCGUACGACAUUUGCGACGACGAGCAGACUUUGGACUGUAUUGAGAGCGAGAUGGCGCGUCGGGGAAUUACGCAGGAAUUUAUCGACAAGCAGCGAGGGGCCAGCGAACAAGCCAUGUUGGACGACAUGAAAUGGUUGCACCAACAAGGGUUGCCGUUGGAAGCUAGGAUGCAUGAUGGGAGCACAUAUUUGCAUACGGCCGCCGCUAACGGUUUCUACGAUGUGGCUGCUUUUUUAUUGAGAUGUGGUGUGCCGCACGGAGUUCGCGACAAUGACUUGUGGCAACCGAUUCACGCGGCCGCCUGCUGGGCCCAGCCAGACCUCGUCGAGUUGCUCUGCGAGUAUGGCGGAGACAUAUCGGCCAAGACGAAUCAGCAGGAGACACCGUUGGAAUUGUGCGAAGAUCCAACGACUCGAGCGAUCAUCACCUCAUUGCAGCAGCAAGAAGCCCGUAGAAGGAGGCAGGCCUUUGGGGUCAGAGACAGCCGGCGGCAGAGCAGAAAGAGAAAGAAGUACGAGUCUCCGCAGGCAAUGGCGGCCGUCGGCCAAGACAACCCAUUUUCGGCACGUGGUGCUAUUCGUCGUCAAUCGCUAAGAGAUCGAAAUGGAAUAACCGCUGCUAGAAUCGACGCGCGGCACGAGCAAGAUGAGCUUAUGAGGUCGUGGUCGAAAGAAGAUGUCUCCACUCCGGAGGUGCUGCACCAGCCACAUCCACGGGAGUCACCCACUAAGAGAAAUCUAAAGGGAAUGAACAAGCCGAAGCCGAUGUCGCCGGAUGAAUGGUUGCGCAAGCUGGAGGCCGGCCAGGACGAGGAGGACGAACGGGAGGGAGAGCCACGACGGGUUGGAAGCCAGCGGAAGCGGCCGAAGAAGGGCGCUCCACCGGAAGAAUUCCGCGGCGGCGGCGGAGAAACGCGCAGGGAGUACAAGGCGGCCUGUUGCUGCACAAUUAUG